AUGAAAAUUAAAAAGAAGGAGCUCCGCAGGCGGGAGGCGCAGUUGCCCAUAAAUUACCCCCACCCGGAGGUGGCGGACGCGUCCGUCAGCGUUGAGGCCGCCACCUUCAACGCGGAGGAGACUCGUGUGGAGGCCAUCUGCAGGCGGCUGGCGCACAACGAGGUGGCCGUGCGUGACGCGGUUUUGGCCGAACUGCCGCGGUACAUUCGCAGCGUGACGCAGCGGCUGGUGGGACUGGAGGCGUGCGUGGAUGUGGCCGCACUGCGUCGCUUCAUCGUCAUGCAGAGCGGCGGUAAGGGUGGCAGGUGCGGCACAAGCGGCGGGGGUACGGGCGGGGAGAAGCGGGUGGUGAUUAAUGUGCUACGGGAGCUGGAGGCGUACCGUAACCGCGAGGAGAAUGCACGACGAGAGCAAAGACGUCAGGCGGCAAUUCGGCGUCUGCAGCAGGAGCGGCAACAGGCUGCGCGUGGUGGUGAUAACAAUAACAGGGAUGAUAACAACAAAAACAAAGACAAUAAUAAUAAUAAUAAUAACACUGGUGAUAAGAAUUACAUGGCGGCGGAGAAGGAGGGGGAAGAGGAGCCUAAAAUGCGGGAUGCAGAGCGCAAGAGCCUGCGGCAGAUAUACGGGGAAUGGAUUUCUGUGUGGUGCGAGAUGGAGCUGGUGCUGCUGAAGCUCUCCCGUGGUUUGUUCUUUUGUCUCUGGCACUCUGACAAGCCGCUCGUGCAGCUUGAGUGUGCGCAGCGCAUCGCUCGUCUCAUUCACGUUCCUCACACGAACAGCGGUAAAAUCCUUUUGUUCAGUUGUCUCAUUCGUGUGCUUAUGCGAGAGUGGCGUUCAAUGGAUCGCCACCGCGCCGACAAGUUCCUCGCGUUAGUGCGGAAGAUGAUAUAUGAGCUGGCGUGCCUGCUGGAGUCCCUGGAAGCGGAGACGCGGCUGCAGCGGCAGAGAGGAG